AUGGCGCCCCGCAAGCCUCGCUGCAACUUCAAGGAGUGCAAGGAAGCCGCUCAACGCAUCGUCGGAGACUGCAGCUUCUGCAGUGGUCACUACUGCUCUAAGCAUCGCAUGCUAGAGGCUCACGCCUGCACUGGUCUUGAGGACUGCAAGAAGGAGUCCCACGCCCGCAAUGCCGAUAAGCUCAACAGUGAGCGGACUCACGUCAUUAAGGGCCGCGGUGUUCCUACUUCUACACUACACACUUAUUGCCGGCAUUAGCACGUACUGCAUGGCCAGUAACGCUUUCCGCGACAGUUCGCCACCUGGGUUGGGGAGGGAGUUUUGAUGUUGAUACUGUUCCCUGUUUGGCGUUUACACAGCUCUGGAGUUUCGACGGCUAUAUUCUAUAUUUUUUUUUGAGUAUCUAUUUGCUGCAUAUUUCCUUAAUCCUUUUUUUUUGCAGUGAUCGUGUUCAUCUUCCCAUGGACUUCCCGCGGGCGGUUAUUGGCAACGCACCGAUAUUAGACAACUCUCCAUCUUCCAGUUCGUGUUGGAUAGAAUUGAUGGGCUUUUUACCCCGUUUGUGAAUGGUUUUGCUAUUUCCACUGGUGUGUCACAUAGCCAAGCGGUCAUAGGUAUAUAUGCAUAUUUGUCCACACCUUCCACCAUCAAUUGAACCCAUAGAUUCAAACCC